GUUCACUAUUCAACGGCUGUAUGUGAAGUUAGCCGGUCAGUCCGUAGUCGGCAUUGGCGGCACUCUGUUUGGGUAUCGUCACGUCGUGGAUUUUAAUCUUAUAAAUGUAAAAAUAUAUGAAAUUAUAGCCGUGACAUUUAGCCGCACAAAAAAAAUAUAUUUUUAAAAGUCAACCUAGUCAAUGUAAAAUUAAUUAGUGCUUUUAUCGGAAAUUGUUUUUAAACUUAGUUUGAACAUCGUAUUUAAAACAACAUUUUAAUUACACGAGCGCAUACAUGAAUGCAAAGCUGAAAAGAUGAAAAGUUAAAACAUCGUCAAGAUACGUGGAACGUUCUGUAUUUCAAUAAAUUACUGUUAAUUGUUACUAUUGAUUCAGAAUAAAAUGGCAAAACAACAAUUAGAAUUAAAUGGAUCCAGAUCUGAAUUUAAUUUUCGAGGGUGUCUAGUCGUUUUAGCCAGUUUUAUAUGCAAUGGGCUAGUAUUUGGAUUUAUUAAUUCCUAUUCAGUGACAUAUGCUCAUUUAAAAGAAAAGAUGGAAAGUGCGGGAGAUAAAGAAUCUGCAUCUAAAGCGGCUUUGGUUGGUUCUCUUACUAUGGGUACUACAUUCCUGAUGUCACCUGUCGCUGGUGUUUUGACUGAUCACAUUGGUAUUAGAUUAACCACAUUCGCUGGCGGUGUUAUAGCCUGCUGUAGUUUACUAUUAUCAUCAUUCUUUACAAAUGAUGUUGAAGUACUAUACGUUACGUAUGGACUUUUAUACGGUAUUGGUGCAUCCUUAGCAUACACUCCAUCUUUAGCCAUCUUAGGUCAUUAUUUCAAAAAUUACAUUGGUCUUGUUAAUGGUAUAGUAACAGCUGGUAGCUCAUUUUUUACUAUGGUCCUACCCUACCUUGUGGGAUAUCUUUUAAAUAACUUUGGUUUCAGUAACUGUUUAAGGUGGGAGGCUGCUUUGACUUCUAUACUUAUAAUAAGUUCUUUGGCGUUCAAACCAACGUAUAAAAUAGAAAAACCUGAUAUAAAUAAAAGUAUAUCCGAAGAACUUAAAUCACUGGUUAACAUCGAUGUCUGGAAAAAUCCUAAGUAUAUUAUUUGGGCGACUAUGAUACCUCUCGCUUUAUUUGGAUAUUUUGUUCCAUAUGUUCAUUUGGUUGAAUUUGUAAAAUCAAAAUUUCCAGGAAGCGAUGGUAAAAUUCUAGUAACUUGUAUAGGAAUUUCUUCUGGAAUCGGAAGACUGGUAUCAGGGCCAAUAUCUGAUCUGAAAAAAGCUAAUAGAAUAAUGAUGCAACAGAUUUCUCUAAUUGUUAUUGGAUUAAUGACUAUGUGCAUGAUCUGGGUACCUCAUUUUACCAUUUUAGUAUUGAUAACAUUAAUUUUGGGAUUGGCUGAUGGCUGUUUUGUAAGCGUAAUGGGACCUAUAGCUUUUGACCUAUGCGGACAAAAAGGGACUGCUCAGGCCAUCGGUUGUAUACUUGGACUCUGCUCUAUACCCUUAACAGUUGGUCCUCCAGUUGCUGGUUGGAUGUUCGACAAAAACCAAUCGUACGACGGAGCUUUCAUGUUAGCCGGUGUGCCACCUAUUAUUUUUGGUGCUUGCUUAUCUUCUAUAUCAUACGUGUCAUCAAAAGAAAUGAACAAUGUAAAUAGAGGCUUCAAGGGACCAAAACUAAUUAAUCAAACAUCCGAACUAUUAGAGCCAGAAGGUAAGCAAAACCAUAACUAUAAAGACAACGAACAACGUCCUCUAUUGAACCCGAAAAAUCUCGUACCAAAAUAUUCACAUUAGUAUUAAUUAAAUAUUAUUGUGAAUAAAUCAUACUAGUCAGCGAUUAUUUCUUUGCUAAUUGCAUUUAAAUGUCGAGCAAUAAUAUAGAGUAUACUUAUUUGCUUUUAUAUAUGUAAACCAGACAAGUUUAUAUAAAUAUUUUUAGAACAUUAAUGAUUACAAAUAUUUAUUUACUUAAUUUUGUACAUUGUUAUAUUUUGUUGAAUUUAACUAUUGGAUGUUAUUAAAAAUAAAAUCGCACUGAGUGUUUAACACAUGUAGUUACUAAUUGAACCUAGUGUAGCGAUUUUUUUAACUAAAAAAUCAUAACACUCACUGAUAAAAUGUUUGAUUACGUUGUAUUUACCUAAUUUAUAACUCGGGCUUAUUAGUUAUUAAUGUUCUCCUUUGUUUAUCUUUUUCACUGGUAUGUUAUUAACGUAAUUAAGGUAGCUAGUUGAUGUAUCGCUAAAUUGGAAAUUAUUUA